CAGAACCAGUGAGUCAUCGUCACUCUGGUCAAGGCUCUCUACUGCAGGUUCAGUUGUAGGUGCUACCUUGAAUGAAUAAGCAGCUGAUGUUCCAAAAAGCUUCAAAACAUGAUCAGGCAGCUGGUGCUCAAAGCAAGCUUCACCUGACAGCUUUAAUCCAUAUCGGAUGUAUAGGAUGGAGUUUAAGGUCUGCAAGGACAUCCGGUUCCUGAGUUUGCUUUUUACCACGAGGACUGAGCUGCCUGUAAGUGCGUUGAGACGGGGGAGGGGCCGCGCAGGCACCUGGUGCUCGUUGUGAAGAGUCUAAAAGCUUGCGUGGUCACGGACGGCCAGCCCUAUCCUAAUCAUCUCUAAUGGGAAAGGCCACUGAGGCAGGUCACUUGAACGCCGUCCCUUCACCUGCCCUGGUCUGGCCCCUAUACAGAGGCUCCUUCUCCGGACGUGACUUAAAAAAGGUUCAUUAAGGAUCCCCUAAGUGGCUUUGAGGUUCUGGCAUCACUCGCCGAUGUAGACCUGCAACGGUAUAUAAAGGGAUGGCAGCCACCAGAACAGGACAAGCAUCUUCACCAAGAGGAACUUCACCCAAGUAACAUUUCUAAAUAUCGACUGUGCGACCUUAGUCCGUUAAGAAAGAUGACCGGAGCAGCUGUUUCAGUGUCCCUGCUUUUCCUGCUGUCGGCGUGCUCUGCAUGCUACAUCUCCAACUGCCCCAUCGGAGGGAAGAGAUCCCUGAUGGACGCCCCGCAACGCAAGUGCAUGCCCUGUGGCCCCGGGGACAGGGGCCGCUGCUUCGGCCCCAGCAUCUGCUGCGGUGAGGGCCUGGGCUGCCUCCUGGGCUCCCCGGAGACGCUCCACUGUGCGGAGGAGAACUACCUGCUGACCCCCUGCCAGGCGGGAGGGAAACCCUGCGGCUCCGAGGGCGGACACUGCGCCGCCUCUGGCCUCUGCUGCGAUGCAGAGAGCUGCACAACUGACCAAUCCUGUGUCACCGAAGAGGAUGGCUACGAUCCAACCGGACUAUUGGAGAGCAGCGACUCCAAUCAAAUCUUCCUCAGGCUCAUGCAUUUGGCCGGCCACGCCCUACCCCAUCGAAUCCACCAAUGAGCUCCCUCUGACGCUGCAUGGUAUCAGGGCCCUGUUACCUGGCUAUGUCACUGAGUGGAAACCUGUGUAUGUAUGUCCAGAGUGCAUUUGUUUAUAUAUUUCUAUGUAUAGAAGUAGUGAUUAAAGAAAUUACUGAAAAUUACCUGCAUUGUCCUGGUAAUAUGUCUGGUCGAAUAAACUAAGAG